CAGGUAGCAGAGAGGGCAUUGUAUUUUUGGAGUAAUGAGUGGAUUGUGAAUUUGAUCAGUGAGAAUUCAGCGGUCAUCAUUCCAAUCAUCUUCCCUUCUCUCUACCAGAGCAAGGAACAUUGGAAUAAGACGAUACACGGACUUAUAUACACGGCCAUAAAACUUAUAAUGGAGAUGAAUCCCAAGGUCUUCGAGGAAUGUACGCAAUCCUAUAAGGCUAAGAGAUUGGAG